GAGUGCUAUCUAUAUGGGACGCUAUCGACUCUCGUCAGUUCAAAAACGCUCUCAAGCUCUCCGCUUCUCUUCUCUCGAAAUACCCCAACUCUCCCUACGCUCUCGAACUCAAGGGUCACAUUUUGGAAAGGAUGGGUAAAUCUGAUGAAGCAUUGUCUGUUUGCCUAAAUGCCAAAGAGCUAUUGUAUAAGAAUGACUCCAUUGAUGAUCUCACUCUCAGCACGCUGCAGAUUGUAUUCCAACGACUUGAUCAAUUGGACAUGGCUACUGGUUGUUACGAGUAUGCCUGUGGCAAGAUUCCAAACAAUUUGGAAUUAAUGAUGGGCCUUUUCAACUGUUAUGUUCGUGAGUACUCAUUUGUGAAGCAGCAACAGAUAGCUAUUAAAAUGUACAAGAUUGUUGGCGAGGAAAGGUUCUUGCUUUGGGCAGUUUGUAGCAUUCAGUUACAGUGAAUGUCAAGAAGCGGUUCAAGAUCAAGGAUCUUCUUUAUCUGUUGGCCACAGUGCCUUUUAUUUGUUGGCAGAACGUCGUUGUUGUAAAUAAAAAGGGUUGAACCCUUUCUCUCAUAUGUAAUAAUGUAAGCCUGUGGACAAUUUAUUUAAUUAUAACUCAUGUUGCAUCCUUCAUGUAUUCGAAUGAGAGAACCUUAGCUUAAUUGUUCUUAUUAAUGUAUUGAAGUUCCGUACGUUAUCUCUGAAAUUGUAUUAUAAUAAUGGAUUUGGUAAUGGUAUCCGCGAAAUAAAAAUUGGGGCAUUACAAUUUUCGUCGAAGUCGGAUUUCUGGGAUUUUUUCUCUUCUUGCUUGAGGUAAGGAUUUCUUUACUCAUUUUUAAUACUUCUUUAUAGAUAGAUAUGUGGUAUAUUUUUAUUGCAUAAAAAGUCAUGAUUUAGUUAUGUGAUUUCAAAGCCAUGAAAGGGGAUUUUUGGGGUUUAAGCCUUGGAAUAUGAUAUUGUUUAUGUUAUGAAUGGAGAAACACAUCAAAGGUUUGAUGAAAUGUAAAGGGGUAAAUUGAGUAAUUG